ACUUCUGAAAGUUAUUUUGUUAUUUUUGAUAGUGAAGUUUUUUUAAUCUCUCAUAUUCAUUAACAGUGAAUGUGUAUAUGUUGAUUUUAUAUCUCACUGACAAAAGCAAUUUGACUACUGUAAUCUGUGGCACAAAAUAUCACCUUUUUCAUGGGAAGAACUUGUUGCUAGACUGCACUAUCUAUCACAUUUUUUGCUCUUGUAGAUUUUGCCAUACUACAACCCAUUCUAAACAACCUCAAGACACUUUGUUACAGGGAUUUAUGUAGGUGGCUGGUGGUAUGUUUCACUGGUACUUGCACACACAAAUUUUGACAAUUGUGUAUUUGCUUGUGUAUAUUUCUGUAAGUUAGAGUGUCUUGGAAUCUAAAUUUAAGAUUAUAAAUGGAUUGAAAUGGUUUACAGUUUAUACAGAUUAUGAUGGAGACUGUAUGAUGUUUGGAUCUGAUGAAAAUUUGUACGCGAAUUUAUUGAAUCAAAAUUUGUCUUUGACAGCUCUCCAAACAAUUUAAUCAAGGGACUUUCUUUCGACCUAAUUUAGUCAUUAAUAUCCUUCUUUUUGCUUUGCAAGGAAUGCAUGGAAGUUACUCUCAUAAGAAAUUAGGAAAUACAGAAGUACUGAAUUGAUUUAGUUGGGCCUUCACAGGUACCCCAACUAGUAAUGAGAAGAACCAACAUAGGAAGUGAUAUUAUACAGUGAGGACCAUGCUUUGUAACUCUCAUCUGCUCUGAGAGUGGAAAAGAAAAUGCCAAGGGUUCCUUCAAAGAGAACAGUGCUUCUUUACAAGAAAGGAUAUCCCUUAUUGUUCAAUUCAAAAGCUCCCACAACCCCAUUCUAUAAAUUGACAAAGACUCAGCUUUUCUCCACGUACUUAUCAAAACUCAACAGGCCACUACAAACUCAUAAACCAAAUUUUUGUAAUGAGUCCCCAAGUAUGGACAAUGAACUGAGGAAGGGACCUGGCCUCAUCCGCCUCAAAACUGAACCAGAAGAGCUGGCAAAUGAUCAGAGCAAUGAUGAAUUCAUCACUGAUGUUGAAAAGGUAUAUAGAAUUUUGAAGAAGUUUCACUCUAGGGUUCCAAAAUUAGAACUUGCUUUGCAAGAGUCUGGUGUUGUUGUGCGGUCAGGAUUGACAGAACGUGUAUUGAACCGUUGUGGUGAUGCUGGGAACUUGGGAUACAGAUUCUUUGUGUGGGCUUCAAAGCAACCUGGAUAUAGGUAUAGCUAUGAUGUGUACAAAGCUAUGAUCAAGAUUUUAGGGAAAAUGAGGCAGUUUGGAGCUGUUUGGGCUCUUAUUGAGGAGAUGAGAAAAGAAAGUCCUCAAUUAUUAUCCCCCGAGGUGUUUGUGAUUUUAAUGAGGAGAUUUGCCUCAGCUAGAAUGGUGAAGAAAGCUAUUGAAGUUUUGGAUGAGAUGCCCAAAUAUGGUUGUGAACCAGAUGAGUAUGUAUUUGGAUGUUUGUUGGAUGCUUUGUGCAAGAAUGGCAGUGUAAAAGAGGCAUCUACAUUGUUUGAGGAAAUGAAAUUUAGGUUUAACCCUACAAUUAAGCAUUUCACAUCAUUGUUAUAUGGCUGGUGCAAAGAAGGGAAGCUUAUGGAGGCGAAAGUUGUGUUGGUGAGAAUGAGGGAGGCUGGUUUUGAACCUGAUAUUGUGGUCUAUAAUAAUUUGCUUAAUGGGUAUGCUGUGGCUGGAAAAAUGGCUCAUGCAUUUGAUCUUUUGCAGGAGAUGAGAAGGAAAGCUUGCUAUCCCAAUGCAACUUCCUUCACAAUUGUAAUUCAAGCACUUUGUUCACAAGCAAAGAUGGAGGAAGCUAUGAGGGUGUUCAUGGAUAUGGAGAGAAGUGGCUCUGAGGCUGAUGUUGUGACAUACACCACUUUGAUAAGUGGGUUCUGUAAGUUGGGGAAGACUGAUCAAGGCUAUGAGCUUCUGGAUAGGAUGAUACAGAAGGGGUAUAUGCCUAAUCAGACUACUUAUUUGCACAUCAUGCUUGCGCAUGAGAAGAAGGAAGAGCUGGAGGAGUGCAUGGAACUUAUUAAGGAGAUGCAGAAGAUAGCUAUUUUCCCUGAUCUCAGCAUCUACAACACUGUAAUUCGGUUGGCAUGCAAAUUGGGAGAAAUUGACGAAGGUAUGCGAGUCUGGAAUGAAAUAGAAGCAAAUGGGUUAAGUCCAGGGGUUGACUCCUUUGUCAUUAUGAUUAAUGGUUUUAUUGAGCAGAGGCGUCUGGUUGAAGCUUGUGAUUUCUUUAAAGAAAUGAUUGGAAGAGGUCUUCUAUCAGUUCCUCAAUAUGGUACUUUGAAAGACUUACUAAAUUCUCUGCUAAGAGAAGAAAAGCUUGAAAUGAGCAAAGGUGUGUGGAGUUGCAUUGUGACUAAAGGUUGUGAGCUUAAUGUAUAUGCAUGGACAAUUUGGAUUCAUGCACUUUUCUCUAAAGGGCAUGUGAAGGAAGCCUGCUCAUACUGUUUGGAUAUGAUGGAUGCUGGUGUGAUGCCGCAGCCAGACACAUUUGCCAAGCUCAUGCGCGGUCUAAGAAAGUUGUAUAAUAGACAGAUUGCAGCGGAGAUUACAGAGAAGGUUAGGAAAAUGGCUGAAGAGCGACAAAUAACUUUCAAGAUGUAUAAACGACGCGGGGAAAGGGACUUGAAGGAAAAAGUUAAGGGAAAAACUGAUGGAAGGAAGAGGAGAGCUCGUAGGCGCCGUUGGGGCAGUAACCGCCGGGGCAAUCACCGUCUUGAAGCUAACAUGUUGUGAUGCAGAAACUUAAUUCCUUUAUGACUUGAAAGAAUUUGUUUCAGUAAAUUAAUUUAAGAAUGCUAUAUUCUGUUCCCUUCAACAAAUGAUUUUAUGUUCUGUAA